AUGGCCAGCGACACGACACCGCAAUGCCACUUCCUCAAGCUGCCCCUCGAGCUGCGUCUCCAGAUAUACGCGCUCCUCCUCCUCUUGCCGCCGUACUCCAGGCACAGCAUUCGCCCGGUGCGCAUCCACGCGGCCGUGCUCCGCGCCUCUCGCCAGAUCCACGCCGAGGCCUGGCCCCUCCUCUACACCAAAAACACCUUCCUCGCGCAUCCGUCUCUCCUGACGUCCUUUCCUCGCCUGCGGGAGAACUACCCCCCCGUCAAGGAGCAGGCGGCCGUCUCAAGGAUCCGCCGGUUCCGUCUCCUCAUCCGUUUAGACUGCGACGUGCUGUUCACCAGGGAGGAGGCGGCCAGGGCCCUCUCCCACAUGGACGAGGUGGUUGUCGAUGUGUCGCAGGCCGUGUUUCUCGGCGCGGGCCGCGAGAACCUGCGCGUGCUCGAGGGCGUGAGGGGUGUCGGGAGGGCGAAUCCGGGGGAGCACGACUGGCUUCGAGGCGGGCCCGAGAUUACCGGCAUGUCAAUAGGUAGCCUUCCCCCUGGGUCGGCUACCACGUAA